CACUCACUGAGGCCUGGGCAGGCACCCGCCGGCUCCCACGUGCAGAGGGCGGGAAGUUUCCCUCCCAGGACGAGCGCCUCCGAGGCAGGCAGGUCGCCGCCACCACUGACAUCGGAGCAUCUGGUCUCCGGGCAGGGCGACAGGAGGGUUUCCCAAAGAGACCUCUCCGUAAACGCAGCUGGAGGACAUCAGUCCUGCCAGAAGGCGCAGCGGCCGGCUGGUCCCGGGCUGCGGAGGAGGCCCGCGUGGGCAGGGAGAGGCGCGGGCGGGCGAUGCCCGGGUGCAGGAGGCCGAGGGCGGUGGACUCGGGGACCCGGGCGUGCACACCGGUCGCGAAAGAGGAGACGACCUGGAGCUGCGGCUGCCCGGCGUGGGCAGGGGGCGCGGCCGGAGGGGAGGGCCUCGCGUGGGGGCAGCCGCAGGAGGGGCGGCAGGCUGCGCGCAGGGGCGCCUCGCCAAGGCGUGGGGGCUGCCUCUGCUCGGCCACGAAGGGGUCCUCGAGCUCGCGCCCCGCCCGCCGCAGGCUCUUCCUCAGCUACCCGCAGACCAAGACCUACUUCCCGCACUUCGACCUGCACGCGGGGUCGGCGCAGCUGCGCGCGCACGGCUCCAAGGUGGUGGCCGCCGUGGGCGACGCGGUCAAGAGCAUCGACAACAUCGCGGGCGCGCUGGCCCGGCUGAGCGAGCUGCACGCCUACAUCCUGCGCGUGGACCCGGUCAACUUCAAGCUGCUGUCCCACUGCCUGCUGGUCACCGUGGCCGCGCGCUUCCCCGCCGACUUCACGGCCGAGGCCCACGCCGCCUGGGACAAGUUCCUGUCCAUCGUGUCCUCUGUCCUGACCGAGAAGUACCGCUGAGCGCCGCCGCCCAGACCCCCCACCCCUGGCAGGCAGCGACCCCUCCACUGCCCCUCAGUAUUCCCCUCUGUUCCU